AUGGAGCCUCCUCGGAAGAAGAUUCGGCGGGUGGUGAAUAGCUGUCUCGAGUGCAGAAGGCGAAAGAUUAGGUGUGACUUGAGCUCCAAUGCGUCAGACAAAUGCACUGCCUGUGCCGGCCGAGGCAUUGAUUGUGAGAGAUGGGAGCAUUCAGCCGAAGCCCCCGAUUCCUACAAUCUCGAACUCAGCGCAAGACUGCGGCGUGUGGAAUCUCUCCUGGAGAAAUUGACAGACGUUGAAUCCUUGGAUGCUGUCGAGGCUGCGUUGAAUGUGGGGGCCGGAGAUGGAUCAAUAACCGCACCGAUCGAAGGGCACACUCAUCCGCCCCUUAUAUCUCUAUUCGACAAUGCAGUUUUUGGUCACCAAGAACAGUCAACUCCUUCAAGCGGCCCGGACCAUCGCAGCCCGUCCCAAGGUGCGGGAGGUCCUCAGAAUGCUAAGCUGGAGAAGCUGCGUCUGGUACUUAGCGCACUGCUCCCCACACAGGAGGACGCAGAUCUGAUUGCUGGUUCCACGAACGCCUGGGGCCUUGGCCACAUGCUUUAUGCUGCCAAUGGGAACUCGACGCAGACAGACUUCGACAUCACCACUUUGUCCAAAGGCUCACCACUAACUAUAGCGCGAACACUGAUGCAUUUUGCAAUUCUCAUCCAACAAAUGCCUCCGGAAUUCGACACUUCGAGACUCCAAUUCCACUCGCCUAUUGACACUGUGCUACAGAAGUACCUGUACUACGUGGCGGAUCUCGUUACUUCGAAAGAUGAUUUUGCUUGUACAAUGGAGGGCUUGGAGUGCCUCCUUCUACAGAGCAUAUUCUACAUCAAUGAUGGUAACCUGCGCAGAGCUUGGCUUGCUGGUCGUCGAGCUUUGUGCACCGCCCAAUUUUUGGGGUUGCAAAAGAGCUAUCUCAGCUGUAUCCGGAAUUCAGAUAGCGAUGAUGCCAGUCAGAGACCCGAUGCCAUGAUGUGGGUCAGAACCGUAAUGCUUGAUCGCUUUCUGGCUCCUAUCCUUGGGCUUCCAUGUGGCGUUGGCAACGAUUGCUUUGGUGAAGAUGGGGUGAUGGCGCCUAUCAUCAACUUCCUUGAUGUUUUUGAGCGCAGACUCUGCGUGAUUGCCGGUUUGAUUGCUGCGCGAAACCAAAAAGAACCGGCUCCUGGGUAUACCACGACGCUGGACAUCGACGAAAAGCUUGAAAAGCUUGCGAAGGAUAUGGGCGAUAUGCUGACGACGAUCCCAGCAUUAUACAGCUCGCCUCAGCCCCUGGCCGGGGAGGAUCCUUUCAAAUUGGUGCUGAACCAAAUAUGGUUCUAUCAAAUUACGAUCAUCUUGCACAUACCCUGGAUGCUGCGAGCGUUCACCGACAGCAAGUACGAGUACAGCAGAUUCGCUUGUCUGACCGCGUCGCGAGAGCAUCUUCGCCGAUACCUUGCUCUCCGAGACACAAACAACACUCAGAAUACCGCUCGUGUUGUUGAUUUUGGGACCGUCAUUGCGGCCGCAACACUCAUUCUCAAUCGAGUUGAAUCUGCAACACGAGACACCGCCACUUCUGAUGGAGAGAAAGACAUGAGACUGGUGUCCAAUGUCGUGGAAUCCAUGCGAGCGGUCUCUCGAGGACCACGAGAGUUCAUGGCUCGCCAAGGGGUUGAGGUCAUGGAGGCGCUUCUAGCAUUAAAGAACGGUGCCGGGGAUCACAACACAAGCGACACACUGCGAUUUACCAUACCAUUCUUUGGCCCCAUUGUCAUUUCCCGGAACCGUACCCCAGUUGGCCCGACACCAGUUACCGUUGUGCAGGACGGUCUUGACGAAGACGAUCCAAUCGACGCUCUGUUGCGGUCAAAUCAGGUUCAAAGUGGCCCGCAACUCAGUGGCGUCUCCAAUGGACCCGUUCACGGCCAUCAUCUGUCAUUUGAGCAAGCGAAUAUACCUGACUCUGGUUGGAUUCCUCCUUUGCAAGCAUGGGACUUCGACACGAUUCCUGCCUGGGGUGGCUCGUUUAGUUUGUGGAACGUCCCUGACUGGAAUGCCUGA